CGAACGAGGAUCCAGUAUGGCAGGGAGAGGUCGUAUGCCUCGUCGCCCGGUUCAUGACGAGAUGCAUGGAUUUCACGAUGGACCUCCGCCUCCAUUGCACGACCGCAGACCCAUGCCACCACCACCACACUCUAUCGAAGAAGAAUUGGCUAUGGGGCAUGAUGAGAUUAGAAGAUUGGUUUCUGACAACAGGCUUCUUCUUGAUGAAAAUGUUGCUAUGAAAAGAGAAAUAGACGCAGCUAGAGAGGAACUCCACGUCCUAGGUCAGGCUAUUCCUAAAAUACGUGCAGAGAAAGAAGUCAAAACUAGAGAAUAUAUACAGAUGGGUCUGAAGCUAGAGGCUGAGCUUCGUGCCGUUGAGCCUAUGAGAGCAGAGGCCGUAGAGUUGCAAUCCGAAGUAAAGAAGCUAGAUGCUCUGCGCCAAGAGAUGACAACAAAAAUACAAAGUAUGACGAAAGAUCUGAAACGUGUACAGGCUGAGAACCAGCAGAUACCCAAGUUGAGGAUGGAAAUGGAGAGCCUACAUGAGGAUCUUGUUCGAGUCAGGACAGGCUACGAAUAUGAGCAGAAAGUACACGUUGAGCAGAUGGAGCAGAGACAAGCAAUGGAGAAGAAUCUUGUUUCAAUGGCUCGGGAAAUUGAGAAAUUGAGAGCUAGAGGACCCGGUACUGGGACUUACGGUGCUGAUAUGGGUUACCAAGCCUCGUAUAUCGACGGUUAUGGCCGUGAGCAGGGACGUUAUGGUGCUGGCUCUUGGGCGCCUUAUGAACAACGUGGCUUUCCUCGUCGCUGAUAGAUUUCUCAAGCUAUUUUUUUCUGGUUCAGUUUAAUUGAAUAGCCUAGGAGGAGGGGCAUCUUGGGCUACAUCUGAACGUAUUUAAGUACAGAUGUAUAUGACAUUUUAGACUUCUAACAAUGUUUCUGAGUUGUGUGUGGCUCCAAGCUUAUAUGGGAGCAGUAUGGAAUCUUAUAAUGUGUAGGUGGUUCCACAAUGUUAGAGAACAGAAAGAUAACUUCGUAAGGUUAUUUUCAGUGUGGAAUUGCUCUAUCAUGUGGGUAAGUUUUGGUGACAACAUUUAAGGGUUCAUAAAACUGCUGAAAGCCAUAAUAUAUUUGUUUGGAAAA